GUUUUAACGGAAAUUACCAAUCACGAGUCAUAUCUAAUUUAAUAAAUAAAUUAUAGUAAGCAAGUAUUUUGAAAUAUAUCUUUUAAGAAAAGUAAUAUUCUUAAUCGAUGGUUGUAAAUCCUUAGAAGAAUAUGGACAAUAUUCUAAAGGAAAUUAUAUAAAAAAAUUUAAUGACUGUUAAUGUAUUUGUCUUAUGAAUUAAUAUGUAUAUGUAUACAUAUAUAUUCAUGAAAAUCAUGAUGUCUCCAAAUAAUGAAAAGCACGAUUUACAUUUAAUGAAAUAUGUUAAUAAGAGUACAGAACUAAAGAUUAUUAGAGGUACUUUAAAUACAAAAACUAAUAAGCUACGACUUAAAAAAGAAAUACUCAAAGAAAGAUAUAAAGACUUGGAUAAUAUAAAUUGCAAAGUAUGGGUUACAGAAGAUGAAUUUUGUAACGAAAUUUGGAAUUUUUCUUUAAGGCAUAAUUUUAAUUCUAUUUUUAAUCAAAAUUCUCAUAUUACAAAAGUAGAUGAACUUCACAAAUGUAAAUAUAACACUGUGAUUGGUGAAAAUUUAAACAAAGUUGAUAUGUGUAAUAAAGUAUUAAAAUUAAAAAAUGAAAUUGAUAUUACCAAUAAGGAAAUAAUACUCAUUCGUAACAAAAAUACAGAAACCGAUUUAAAAUAUUGUGAAUCUACUUUAGAUGAUCUAAAAUCUUUUUCGGAAGAGAUAUUACAACUUAUAAGAUUAAUAAUUACUUCAGGGAAAAAUGUAUACAAUACAAUGAUAAAUCGGAAAUUAAGUACAAGUAUGAUGGAAGAAUUUACGAGUGCAAGAAAAUUGUUCCAAAAAUCUAAUUUUUGCGGUAGUGCUUUAACUGAAAAUAUUGUUUCUCCAUCCAAAAUUAUUGAAGAAUCUAAAGAAUGUCAUAACAUUAAACAUAAUGUAAAGUUCGGAAGAUUUAUUAUGAAAACGCGGAGUCUUAUUUCUCUUAAAUAUGAAAAAAAAAUGUAAGAAAUUCAGGAUGAGAGAAACGAAUUAACGUAUUCGUAGAAGUACUUCAUUUCGUAAAAAUAAUGUACUGUAAUUGCAAUAUUGCGGAAGUCACUAAUAUAUAUAAUAAAGUAUUUUAUAAGUUAA